GAUUCGGAUGUCAUUCAGACAUAAGGCUCAGUUGGUAAUGGUUUGAUAGGAGAACGACUAGACUUCGAGUACACGCGGAUACAAGAAUACAAAAAUCUGCUGAUAAGUUGUCAAAGAGUACAAACAAUGACCCGGAAUUACGUAGGAAUUGUUUGAGGUAACCAGUGCUGCCUACAACUUUCUCCAACGUUAGACUGCUACUGAUUUUGUGUGAAGGGGACCAGAGUGGCUUCUUCUGUGGGACCCCCUCAGUGCACAGGACCUCCCCCUCCCCCAUUCCUAUACUGGCCACCAUGGGCGAAGUAGUCAUUGUAAAGGAGGGAUGGUUACACAAACGAGGAGAAUACAUAAAGACUUGGAGACCCAGGUAUUUUUUGCUAAAGAGUGAUGGUACAUUUAUUGGGUACAAGGAGCGACCACAAGACGUAGACCAACUGGAGACGCCACUCAAUAACUUCUCAGUAGCACCAGAAUGUCAGCUGAUGAAAACCGAGCGCCCCAAGCCCAACACGUUCAUCAUCCGGUGCCUACAGUGGACCACCGUCAUCGAGCGCACCUUCCACGUGGAGAGCCCGGAGGAGAGGGAGCAGUGGACGAAGGCCAUCCAGGAGGUGGCUGAUGGGCUGCAGAAACAGGAGGAGGAGAGGAUGGAUUCCUCCCCAGAUCCCAUGGAUAUGGAGAUGUACCUCACCAAACCCAAACUUAAAGUGACUAUGCAUGACUUUGAAUACCUCAAACUCUUGGGUAAAGGCACUUUUGGAAAGGUUAUCCUGGUGAAGGAAAAAGCCACAGGAAAAUACUACGCUAUGAAAAUCCUCAAGAAAGAAGUGAUUGUAGCAAAGGAUGAAGUAGCACACACACUCACUGAAAACAGAGUACUGCAGAACUCCAAACACCCCUUCUUAACGGGUCUUAAGUAUUCCUUCCAGACUCACGACCGCUUGUGUUUUGUCAUGGAGUAUGCAAAUGGAGGAGAGCUGUUCUUCCACCUAUCACGAGACCGCGUCUUCUCCGAGGAGAGGGCCCGGUUUUACGGUGCAGAGAUUGUGUCUGCGCUGGACUACCUCCACUCUGAGAAAAACGUGGUUUAUCGGGACCUGAAGCUGGAAAACCUGAUGCUGGACAAGGACGGCCACAUCAAGAUCACAGACUUUGGCCUGUGCAAGGAGGGCAUCAAGGACGGAGCUACCAUGAAGACCUUCUGCGGGACGCCGGAGUACCUGGCCCCUGAGGUCCUGGAGGACAACGACUACGGCCGGGCGGUGGACUGGUGGGGUCUGGGCGUGGUCAUGUACGAGAUGAUGUGUGGCCGGCUGCCCUUCUACAACCAGGACCACGAGAAGCUGUUUGAGCUGAUCCUGAUGGAGGAGAUCCGCUUCCCCCGAACUCUGGGCCCGGAGGGGAAGUCUCUGCUUUCUGGCUUGCUGAAGAAGGACCCCAAGCAAAGGUUAGGUGGAGGACCUGAUGAUGCCAAGGAGAUAAUGCAGCACAAGUUCUUCGCAGGGAUCGAGUGGAAGGACGUGUAUGAGAAGAAGCUGGUCCCGCCCUUUAAGCCCCAGGUCACCUCAGAAACCGACACCCGCUAUUUUGACGUGGAGUUCACAGGGCAGACUAUCACCAUCACCCCUCCAGGACAAGAUGACAACAUGGAGUCUUUCGACAGCGACAGGAGACCCCAUUUCCCCCAGUUCUCCUAUUCUGCAAGUGGGACAGCCUGAACCUAAACCUGGGCUGCCUGUACCCCUGUACUCUCAGCCCCCUCAUGGACCCUGCCCCUCUCCUCUGCCCCCACCCAAAACCCCAUUCUCUGACCACAAUACAUUCUUAUAGGCCAUCUAUGACCUCAUUCACGUUUGUGUUUUGUCAAUUUGUUCUCAUGCUGUAAUUGUUGGGGCACAUCUCAAUUGUCUGGCAUGGCUUCUUAUCCUGGUCUCCUAUUCAGAUAUGUACAGGGGAAGGGGAAGAUACAAAAGGAAUAAGGCCAGUUUAGACUAUUAAGAGUCACCCUUGGGUUCACCGGUGUUUUGAAUACCAUGCCAACACACAUGGACUACAGGUCAAAAGUCACCAAUAAACUGGUGGCCGGUGGGCCUAAAUCUUUUUGGUAA